GUGCGAGAUUGGAGGGGGAAAAGAGAUAGAUGGAGAUGGAAGAGGAGAGGCUGGUGCAAGGUCAGAUCGAGAUAUUCCAACAACUCUUUGCAUUUGCCGACUCGAUGUUGCUCAAAUGUGCAGUCGAGCUCGGCAUCGCAGACAUAAUCCACCGGAAUGGCCGGCCCAUGACCCUACACCAGAUUGCAGCUGAGCUGCCGGCACCCUCGCCGGAUAUCAGCUCCCUCUUCCGCAUCAUGAGGCUGUUAGUGAGGAAACAUGUGUUUGUGCGGCGCGAUCGACCGAUUGGUGGUGAAAAUGGUGCCAACAGUAACCCCCAGCCCGAGUUCGGUCUAACGUCAGCCUCUAGGUGGCUGGUCAGGGAUGGUGAGCUCAGCCUGGCUCCGAUGGUGCUCAUGCAAAACUAUCCUUCUACUUUGCCUGUAUGGCACUGUUUAAGCAGGAGUGUGAAAGAGGGAGGUGUAGCCUUCGAGAAGGUUCUUGGUGUAGAUCUCUGGGGAUAUGGAGCUGCAAACCCUGAAUUUAACCAGCUAUUUAAUUCAGCUAUGGUUUGUACCUGCAAAAUCAUAAUGAAGGCAGUCAUGGCAGAGUAUGACCACGGGUUCAGUAGGUUUGGCUCGCUUGUCGAUGUCGGUGGUGGCACCGGAAAAGCCAUUGCAGAGAUAGUGAAGUCCUACCCACACGUGAAAGGUAUCAACCUGGACCUUCCCCAUGUUGUGGCUACUGCACCAAGGUACCAGGGGGUCACUCAUGUGGGUGGUGACAUGUUUGAGGAGAUUCCCAAGGCUGAUGCAGUCUUCAUGAAAUGGAUAUUGCAUAAUUGGAGUGAUGAGGACUGCAUAAAGAUACUGAAGCAAUGUAAGAAAGCAAUUCCAGAGAACACUGGGAUGGUUAUGUUAGUGGAGGUUGUAUUGCAGUGUGAAGCUAAUGAGGAUGCAUGGAAAGACAUUAAAAUGGUGUUGGAUGUGACAAUGCUUGUGUAUUUGGGGGGAAAGGAGAGGACAGAGGCGGAAUGGAGGAAGCUUCUCAAGGGUGGAGGGUUCAACCAUUGCAACAUCACCCCCCUCCACAAUUCUCUUUUUUCACUUAUUGAAGCAUUUCCCAAUUGA